GCAAUUCCUCCAUGAGGUAGUAGCCAUUCACCAGUCAAAGAUGGCUACUCCAAGGAGAAGCACACGCGUCUGGCUCACCAGCAUUCUGCUGCUCUUCGUGCUCACAACCACGGCGUCGGCCAAGGGGUGCGUUGAGGUGGAGAGGGACGCCCUCCUCGCCUUCAGAGCCCGCAUCGUCGAUCCGUCCCACCGCCUGUCCUCGUGGCGUCGCCGAGUAGACUGCUGCAGAUGGAACGGUGUGGUGUGCGACAACACCACGGGCCGCGUCGUGGAGCUCAACCUUGAGAACUCGGCGGACAUGACUUUCGAGUCGAAUCAGGCGGUUCUGCGGGGUGAGAUCAGUCCGUCCUUGCUCUCUUUGACGCAUUUGGAUCGCUUGGAUCUCAAUCACAAUGACUUCGGGGGGUCACCGAUCCCCGCCUUUCUGGGCUCUUUCCCCAAACUGACGUAUCUCAACCUCUCCUGGUCCAACUUCAGCGGAGCCAUUCCGCCCCAGCUGGGCAACCUGUCCAGCCUCCGCUCUCUCGAUCUCCAUUCGUAUGGCUUAUCGACCGAUGGCCUGCACUGGCUCUCGCGUCUCUCUUCCUUGAGAUACCUCGACAUGAGCGGUGUGAACCUUUCCAUGGCCUCCCACGAUUGGCUUCAAGCGGUGAACACGUUGUCCCCGCUGGAGGAGCUACAUUUACCAUACUGUGGCCUCAUCGACCUCCCCUCUUCUCUUUCCCAUGUCAACCUCACCUCGUUGAGCAUUCUCGAUCUCCGUGGCAACGUCUUCAACUCCACCUUCCCCAGCUGGCUUAUGGAACUCCGCAGCCUGUCCUAUCUUGCUCUUAGCGAUUCAAAGUUGCAUGGCGAGCUACCUGCUGGGAUCGGAAGAUUGACUCGUCUGACCCAGCUUGAUCUCAGCGCUAAUUCACUCUCUGGUCCUCUCCCCGCGGAGAUUUGGAGUUCGAGGAGUCUAUCAAGCAUCGACCUCAGCUUUAAUUCGUUCCGAGGUCCGAUGCAAGUGGAAGCAGGGAAUUGGAGUAGUCUCUCACAGGUAUAUCUGCUCAACUGCUCACUCAGUGGCAGCAUCCCUGCUGCGAUUGGGAGUUUGACUCGUCUCAAGGAGCUGCACCUCAGUGGCAAUCGACUCACCGGUCCCAUACCUGCCGAGAUCGGUAAUUUGACUGCUCUAACAACGCUCGACUUGGGUCGUAAUUCUCUCACUGGAUCCGUACCACCUGAGAUCGGCAAGCUUUCCAACCUAACCUCGCUUGAUCUCUCUCUCAAUUCCCUGAAAGGUACCAUGUCCGAACUCCAUUUCGCCAACCUCGCCAAGCUAGACGUCUUAUACUUGUACAGGAACUCCUUGGACAUCGCAAUAGGCCAUGAUUGGAUUCCACCUUUUCAACUCGAGACAAUCGGAGUGGAUUCCUGUAAGCUGGGCCCUUCGUUUCCCGGAUGGCUGCGCUCGCAGGAAUCCAUGGUGGAUUUGAAUUUGUCGAACACAAGUAUCGAGGACACUUUGCCCGACUGGCUCUGGAAUUCUUCUUCCUCUUCCUUAAUGGUCAUAAAUCUGUCCCACAACAAGAUUUCUGGCACUCUGCCGGCAUCCUUGGAGAGUCUGACCAACUUGAUGUUCCUAAAUUUGAGCUCUAAUCUGUUCCAAGGUCUCGUCCCUGUUUCGCCACCAUUACUACAAGCACUGGAUCUAUCAAGCAACGCUCUCUCAGGACCGCUACCAUCGACCUUUGCACCGGUGUCGGUAUACUUGUUCUUCUCAAACAAUCAUAUUAACGGGAGCGUACCAUCCUCCGUCUGCACUUUGCAGCAGCUUUUCGCCCUCGAUCUGUCGAACAAUCAGAUAUCAGGAGAAAUACCUCGGUGUUGGCAAGAGGCAAAUGAACUUUUGUUUAUCAAUCUGGCGAAUAAUAAGCUCGGUGGAAAGAUUCCCAACUCCAUCGGAAACUUGACCGAGCUCAAGUUCUUGCAUCUGAGCAACAACAGCCUCCAUGGAGAUCUUCCACCAUCGUUGCAAAGUUGUAGCCAGUUAGCUGUCAUCGAUCUCGGUCGCAACCAAUUUUCGGGCAAGAUUCCGGCAUGGAUCGGGCAAAGCUUUCGAUAUCUGGAGGUACUUCUGCUACGUUCGAACAUGUUCUCCGGCGACAUUCCACCACAGCUUGGUCAACUAAGUAAUCUUCAAAUCAUCGACCUUGCCGACAACGAGCUAUCAGGGAUCAUACCACGCUCCUUCGGCAAUUUCAGCGCCAUAAUUUCCAUAUCAAAGUCGAUGUCUUCCACGAUUUCGUCCGACCCAAACUUCGAGUUGUCCUCUUUCGUAGCCAUCGAAAGCAUAGCUCUAGUAACAAAGGGAGACCAACGAAGCUUUUCGUCCAUUCUCCAUCUCGUGAAGAGCAUUGACCUUUCAAAAAAUUCUCUAACCGGAGCAAUCCCCACAGAGAUCGGGUACCUCGCCGCACUUCAAACUUUAAAUCUAUCAAGAAAUAGCAUCGGAGGUAUGAUUCCGAGUACCAUUGGCGGAAUGAAAUCACUGGAAACUCUCGACUUAUCAUUCAAUAACUUAUCCGGAGCUAUUCCUCAGAGUAUGUCAGCUUUGAAUUCUCUUAGCCACUUGAAUCUGUCUUAUAACAAUCUAUCCGGAGCCAUUCCAUCGGGUUUUCAACUUCAAACACUUCCGGCAUCCAGUUACAUCGGUAAUGCGUAUCUCUGUGGGCUUCCGGUUAGCAAGAGUUGCCUCAACGAGACAAAUACCAAUGCGACAGACGAGGAGGACGAGGAAGAAGGACUUCAUGGGCUAUCGCUCUACUUCGGCAUCGCACUCGGUUAUUUGGUUGGACUGUGGAGCGUGUUUAUCGUCAUGCUAUUUAAGAAAGAUUGGAGGAUAUUUUAUUUUCGAAUGAUUGAUCAAAUAUAUGAUAAAGCGUAUGUGGCAAUCAAGAUAAAGAUCAACGGAUGGACGGUCAACAAAGGAGGGGGACGUACGCAAAAGUGAAGGCAACGUUACUGUAUUACAUAGUGUGUGCUAUGAUCAAAGGCAAGGAUGUUAAGAGUUACGCCAUCAAUAAUGUUGCUAUGAAUGAUGCAUGCGGUGAUGUCUGCGAUUCGUCGCUUUUGUAUCAUCUCAUAUGUAACUAUGAUGAAAUUAUGAUGCCGAAGAAAUCGAAACAAUAAAAAUGAGUUUUGGGUUACAAUGACACGGUUGACGUAAAAAUCGAUUAGUUGAGGGGCUAAACUAUAAUGUUGACGUAAAACCCCCAUCCUUCGAUCGGCGGUUGUCGGUCGAAGCGCGAGAGGGAAGAUGGUUCGGCCAGAUGGAGUCAAAGAGUGAAAGCUCAAGAGAAGGGCGGAAGAAUCUGCCCCGAUGGUGGAGGAGGAGGAGGAGGUUGAGGUCUUCGACGAGGGAGUACGCGAUGGGGUUGAAGAAGGGAUCGGAAACUUAGGGGAGAUUGCGGAGCCCGAGGACGAGAGGAGGGCGGAGGAGGGGGUGGACGAGAUGCCAGGGAUCCGGGUCACCUCGCCAGUCGACGGAGCGAAGCGGCCGGGAGUCAUAUUCGUUCUCGAGAAGGCGUGUUUGGAGGUUGGCAAAGUCGGGAAGAAUUUUCAGAUCCUGAACUCAGACCAUGCAAAUUAUCUAAGGAAGCAAAAUCGAAAUCCUGCCGAUUAUAGGCCCGACAUCAUUCAUCAGGUGUGUCGAUUUUGCUCUUUUUGCAUUACAUUUUUGGUUUCUUUCGAGUUAUGUUCUCUUUAUAUAAUCCUUGCAUUCAUUUUUUUUGGGAAUUCACGUUUUUGGUUCGGAGUUGGAAGGCACUACCAUGUAAUUUUCUAAAACAUAAUCAUUCUUCACCAGACGUGCUCCUCCGAUUACUCCAUGAAACUAAAUUGUCAACUCGAAGAUGAUGUUAGGCACUUCUCGCGAUAUUUGAUAGCCCCCUAGCUUAAGGCUGGUAGGCUGCAGGCUGUCUAUGUGAAAACAGAGAAGGGAGUUCUUUUUGAAAUCAAACCAUAUGUCCGCAUCCCAAGGACUUUCAAGCGUUUCUGCGGUCUUAUGUCCCAAUUGUUACAAAAAUCAAGUAUAAUUGCUGUCGGGAAGCCGGAGAAACUUGUGUGUCAUUAAGAAUCCUGUGACUCGCCAUUUGCCUGUCAAUUCCAAGAAAUUAGGACUCUCCUAUAGUUCAGACAGGUCGGUUAACUUGUGUAAUUAUGUAGCUGCUGCUAAUGAUGAUUCUGCCCUUGUUUUUCUGGUUGGUGCGAUGGCUCAUUGAGCGAUUGAUAAGGAAUACGCUGAUGAUUUUAUAUCGGUUUCAGAAUACCCUCUGAGUGCGGCAUGCUGCUUCAACAGGAUCGCCUUUUUUCCCAUAUAAUACCCGGAUGAGUGACUUGGUUCUUUUUCUCCAAGUGAUUAAGCUGGUCAUCGUUAAAGCAAUCAUCUAUGUGCGCAAAGCUUAUUCUUAAUAUUAAUCAGUUCUGCAGUUCCGUGUUUCUAUCGAAGAUUUUGCCCUUUCACCGGUUACUGUAUUCUUUACAAUUCAAUCAUGAUGUGCUAUUGAUGUCCAUUGAUCAUGUCGAUCACCCUCUGCCGAACCUAAUUGGCAUUCGAACCCAUUCACCGUGUUGUAUUACUGCACGAUUGUGUUACUCAUUUAAAUUGUUUUGCUUC